AUGGCGCCCGCUGUCAAACGUGCCGAUGACCCCUUCAUAAUCACAACAUCACUGGAUAAGCCCGAUGCUAGCACGCGUCGGUACAUCCGGAGCCAUGUGAUGCGCGGCAAGAAUGUGGGCAAGUUUCGGCCUAAGAAGAAUUCGCCGAAAUCCGACGCCUCAAGUGACACCAGCGACAAGCCGGAACUGGCUUCUGCAAGGACGGACAAGCGAGAUAUCCGGAAAGAAAGAAUAGUCCGGGGACAAGUCGAAGUUUGGUCUCCUGUCACACCUCGAAAAAUCAUGUCUGAACUCUCGUUUCUGGGCCUGGAUAGUGAAAUACAACACCAGGGGUAUGGGCUCAUGCAGACGGCAUUCACCGCCGUUAAACCGACUCUGUACGGCCUCGGGGCCCUGACUGGCCGAGGACCUACCGACGAACUGUUCUGUUUCACCAACAUCGCCCAACACCCCGGCCUCCUUCACUCCACCCUUUUCGCUACCCAGGCGUUCCAUGAUCUGACCGUCAGCCACGCCUAUGGCCCCGUCGCUCGACGCCACCUUGCCAAGGCGCUGCGUCACUUACAAAUACGGCUUGAUGACCAGCAACAGGCUGUGGAGCUGUCAACGACAGCCAUUGUGGCAUCGUUGGCGAUGGCCGCCGUUCUUAUUGGGGACCAUGAGACCGCUGCGAAACACAUGGACGGGCUGAAGAAAAUUGUCGACCUUCGUGGGGGGCUAUCGUCUCUAGGAGAGAAUAGCAUGAUCGUGUACAAGGCGAAAUCCCUGGACAUUGGCCUAGCCAUGGCGUUUGGCCAACCUCUCCGAUUUCUACGAGCUAGUGACAUCUCUUGGUCCCCUCAGUUCGCCGAGGGCCGCUCGGCAAGCCAGUUUCCCGAACUCCAAGCCGUUAUGCAGCGCUACGGUCGCCCGGAUCCGCGGCUUCUCAACGUCUGGGCCGAUUUGCGCGCGCUGACCAAGGCCAUCAACGGUGUAACCUCUUGCGGGGGUGGCAUUUCAGCAGAUACGGCCAACCAGCUCGCUCAGUCUUUGCCACAGCGGUUGAUCCAGUUGGGGCUCGAGAACGAAGUGAAAGGUGGACACCCGAGCUCACGGGUGUCGCUACAUGAGCUACUGAGGUUAGGGAUGAUGGCUUAUGCAAAGACGCUGCUUGUAAAAAUGCCGGGCAUAGGGAAGAAAAUGACACACUUGGUGGAUGGGCUGAGAACUGUGUUGGCGACGUGGCAUGCUGAAGUCAGUAUUCACCUGGCUUGGGAACACGGGGCCCCCGCAGAGGUACGCAAGUUAGUUCUAUGGGUUGUGGCCGUGUCCGCAGUAUCCAUAUUCGAAGGACUAGAUGAGGGAUGGAUUGUGGGUUUGAUGCGAGAGUUGCUCUCGGCAUUAGGGCUACGGACGUGGUUCGAGGUACAUGGAGUUUUGGAGUCCUUCUUAUGGAUUGACAGUGUAUUCGACGUACCAGGAAAGGCGUUGAUAUCCAGUCUAAUGGUAUGA